AUGGCAACUCAUCAAACCCCCACUGGGGCCUCCGCCGUGGGAGUCUCUGCAACCGCGACCUCGGGAAACGACGCAAGAGUCAACAAUAACAGCCAUCAUCACCAACACCAACAUCAUGCCAGCAACAGCAGCAACAGCCCGGAUGCGAGUGGGAAUGCGCCCCGCGUAGGAGGAACGACGUCGGGGGUCGGCUCGAGUUCGACGUACAAGCGCGCGAGUCGCAAAGGUGCGCCGAGGAGAUUCAGCUGCUCUUAUCCCGGUUGCGACAAGAUUUACUCGAGGGCUGAACAUCUUCAGCGCCAUCAACUGAACCAUAAUCCAAAGGAGAUCUAUCAAUGUGAUGUUCCUGGUUGCGAGCAAAAGUUUGUGAGGUUAGAUCUGCUCGCCCGCCACAAGAAGCGGCACUCGGGUACUUACAUUCCUCGGAACCGCGUGCCCAACUUUAACACGUCCGGCGUCGGCGUGCCCUCGCCGACUAGUCCGGUGACUUCACCAACGGUGGAAUCCCCUUCUGGUCCCGGAAUGCAGCCGCAACAUCCCGCGUCGCAGCAACCCCAUCAACAUCCGAAUCAGCAUCAGCAUCCGCAUCCGCAUUCACAACCGCAUCAGCAUCAGCAUCAACAUCAACAUCAACAUCAACACCAACCACAGCAUCACCAGCCACAACUUCCGCAACCGCAACCGCAAGCCCACCGCCCAUCCCCCACGCAGCCUCUUCCUCCCCAGCAACAGCAACAGCAACAACAACAACACCAGCCUCCCCCUGGGCCGCAGCAAUCCAACUACUCCCAACCAGUCUCGCGUGGACCCUACGACUCCCCCAUCCUCCUCCCUCCUAACUCUAACCCUGGAGGCCCUCCGGCCAGGUUAACUCACAGUAAUUCGUGGCCGCCUCCUCCUCCUCCCACAAUAAACGACUUGAACGUAAACAUAAUCCGCCCCAAACCAGGCGCCGGCUACUACCGCCGCGACACGGCUCCUUUACCAGGCCCCACCAGCAUGAUCGCCUACAGCGGCGUCUCUGACGAACAACUAAUGGCGCGCGAAAACUUCGCCGUCUGGCUCUUCGACCCCCAAACGAGCUACAGCGACUUCAGUGUAACUAACAUCCCCUUCAUCGAGGGCGGCCUUGAAUCCACCUUCAACAACAACAUCCAAUUCGACUACGAAUCUCUCACGAGCCGCUCCCAGCUCGACCCCACCCCGCCGCGCCAGAUGGAGGGCCCCGACGACCUCAUCAGCGAAUCGCGCCGCCAGGAGAUCCUCCGCAUGUUCCGGAUCUUCCGCGAGCGCAACGACCGGUACGAGUCCAGCAUCGUGAACCUUGUGCGCGAGACGGGGGCCGGCGAUCUGCCCGCGCUGAACCUCGAGAUGAUGCGCGACUGUGUCCACGAGUACUGGGAGUCGGUGUCGCCACGCCUGCCCAUCAUCCACCAGCCCACUUUCUCUUCCAACAGGUGUCCCAUCCUGCUCCUCAUGGUCAUGGUGGCGCUGGGCGCCGCCUCGCUGAGGAGCAGGGAUGGCGGCGGCAGCUUGAAAGAUUACGGCGCUUUUGCGGACGUCAUCAUCGAGGGCGUGCGCUGGGAGAUCGUCAUGGCGGAGGAGGCUACGCCGCCCGUCGGGCUUUGGGUGGCGCAGGCGCUGCUCCUGCUCGAGUUUUACGAAAAGCUGUACUCGUCGCGCCGGUUCCACGAGCGCGCGCACAUUUACCACUCGGCGACCCUCACGCUGUUGCGCCGCGGAAGUCCGCUCAUCGGCAGAGCGGGAAGCGAAUCGCCCCCGGAAGAAGCCGCGCCGGUCCCGGGAGACCAGCAAUCCCAGCACAGCGGCGCUGGCACGUUAGAUUCCCGCAUGUGGUGGAUCCGCUGGGCCGAGACCGAAUCGAUGCACCGCGUCGUCUUCGUCGCCUUCAUGCUCGACAUCAUCCACGCCGCCAUGUUCGGCCACGCCGCUGACAUGGCGCCCCACGAGAUUCGUCUGCCCCUCCCCUGUGACGAUAACCUCUGGACGGCGCCGAACCCGGAUAUAUGUCGCCAGCUCGACGGUAACCUGCGCAUGUACGGCGUGAAACCCGUGUCCUUCCUCGACGGGCUCAAGAACGCCCUCCACGGCAAGGAGGUCAAGACGCAUUCCUUCGCCCGAAUGAUCAUCAUGUCCGGCCUGCUGAGCGUGGGUUGGCACCUAAGCCACCGCGAGACGCAUCUCAAAUGGCUCGACGUGCGCGCCCCCUCCGCCGACACCCGCGAUAACUGGCGCAAGAUCCUCCUCAAGGCCUUCGACAUCUGGAAGGGCAGCUUCGAUAACGCCAACGGCGACACGGCCGACACGCGGGGCUCGACGAACGGCCCCGUGCACAGCGCUGCCAUGCUCUACCACCUCGCGCACAUUUGCCUGCACGUGGACAUCGUCGACUGCCAGGUCUACGCCGGCGCCAAGCGCCUCCUCGGCCGGAAAGUGUCCAUGCGUGACUACUCCAACGCCGUAGGCCGCAUGAAGAUCUGGGCCAAGCAGGCCUCGACGCGCCACGCCAUCCUCCACGCCUUCCGCCUCCUGCACCGCGUCCUCGUCGACCCCCGCUCGAAAAAGGGCCCCUCCGCCGACGCCUACAUCGACUCCUUCUCCGUGCCCUAUUCCAUCCGCCACGAGCCAGACCCCCAUCGCCCCUGGAUAAUGUACUACGCCGCACUGAGCAUCUGGUCCUUCGUCCGCGCCGUCGCGCCCCCGCACGUGCGCCCGCCUCCCAUGCAGAGCAUCCUGGCCCCGAUGGACAGCUACAGGCGCAUGGGGAGCUACCUGACCAGCGUGGCGAGGCUCGAUGACCUUAGCGAGAAGGCGGCCUCGGCUAUGUACGAUGGGCUUCCGGACCUGCUGGACGCGUUGAGGAGUAGCCUCGGCGAGGCGAACUCGGAGCUGUUGCAGGAGGCGCAUGCGAGGUUGAAGGUUUGUAAGGAUAUGUUGGCGGGUACAGCGGCGUGGGAAGAGGCGAAGAAGUAA